CCCCCAUCACUAGAGGUUAUGCGCGAGCGAUAUAUUUUACAUGUAGAUACACAAUGUAUCUUGUAUGAAUCAUCGAUGAUCAUGUUGUUUCGAUCGUUGAAAAUCAUGCUCGAAAAUAGUUCGGCGGAUAAGUAGUUCGGAAAAAAUAAGUUGUAAACCGAAAACCGACGGUGGAUGUACGAAUGCCGUAAAAAUACAGAAGGAAAUAAGAACGUAUUGAAAGUAUAGACAAAAUGGCCAACACAGGUGUGUUACCAUUUGUACGUGGAAUUGAUUUUAGUAGUAAUGAUUUUGGUGAUGGAAAAUUUCCAGAUUCUGUUCGCCUUAUGACCGGAAUACAAUGGCUGAAAUUAGAUAAAACCAAUUUAAUGGAAAUCCCUGGAGAAAUGGGAAAACUAUUGAAAUUGGAACAUCUUUCCCUUGUUAAAAAUAAAUUGGAACGCUUGUACGGAGAACUUACGGAAUUAAGUUGCCUCAGAACAUUGAACAUCAGGCGUAAUAAUAUUAAAUCUAGCGGCAUACCAGCCGAGCUGUUUCAUCUGGAGGAGCUGACCACUCUAGAUUUGAGUCAUAACAAUUUGAAAGAAGUACCGGAAGGGCUCGAACGCACUCGUUCCUUGUUGAACCUGAAUUUAAGUUAUAACCACAUAGAGACGAUUCCUAAUACGUUAUUCAUUCAUUUGACCGAUUUGCUCUUCCUGGACCUCAGUAACAAUAAACUGGAGACGCUGCCGCCGCAAACUCGUCGCCUAGCAAAUUUACAGACACUGAAUUUGAACCAUAAUCCUUUGGGACACUUUCAAUUGAGGCAGCUACCGUCGUUGAUGAAUUUAACGACUCUACAGAUGCGCGACACACAACGAACCUUAAACAAUAUCCCCUCGAGUUUGGAGACUUUGACGAAUUUACAGGAACUCGAUUUAUCGCAGAACAAUCUGCCUCGUGUACCGGAUGCUCUUUAUUCUUUGCCAAAUUUGCGUCGUCUAAAUUUAAGUGAUAAUCAAAUAACUGAAUUAUCGACUGCUAUCGAACUUUGGACGAAGUUGGAAACGUUGAACAUAUGCCGGAACAAGUUAACCGCGAUACCAGCUUCUUUGUGCAAAAUUGUAACGCUUAGAAGAUUAUACUUGAACGACAAUCAGCUAGAUUUCGAAGGUAUUCCGUCGGGAAUCGGCAAGUUAUCGUCGUUACAAGUGUUUUCAGCAGCCAACAAUCAUUUAGAGAUGAUACCGGAAGGUUUGUGCAGGUGCGGCUCAUUGAAGAAAUUGAUAUUAUCGUCGAAUCGAUUGAUUACCGUGCCGGACGCUAUUCAUUUACUUACCGAUUUAGAACAGUUAGACUUGAGAGAUAAUCCAAAUUUGGUAAUGCCGCCGAAACCAACCGAGGUACAAAAAGGAUCGGGAAUCGAAUUUUAUAACAUUGAUUUUUCUUUACAACAUCAGUUGCGACUCGCUGGUGCAAACGUACCGGCACCGACUCAAACGGCCAGUAGCAAAGAUCCGAUAGCUCGUAAAAUGAGGCUCAGACGAAGACGAGAUCAGGAGGAGGCUGAUCAGGAUCAAGCUAAGAUAUUAAAGGGUAUGAAGGACAUAGCGAAGGAAAAGAACAAAGACAAAGAAUGCGAAGAAUCUAAAGCUGAAUCAUUGAAACCAAAACGAUGGGACGAAACCCUUGAGAAACCACCGUUAGAUUAUUCGGAAUUUUUCGACGAGGACGCGGGCCAAGUACCUGGUCUAUCGGUAUGGGAAAUAGAGAAUUUUUUGCCGAACGAGAUAGAAGAAGUGGCGCAUGGCAAGUUUUACGAAGGCGACUGUUACAUCGUAUUGAAGACCGAGGUCGAUGAAACCGGUUCGCUGGUUUGGGCUAUCUACUUCUGGAUAGGAGAGAAAGCAACCUUGGAUAAAAGAGCUUGCGCCGCUAUCCACGCUGUAAAUUUAAGGAAUUAUUUGGGCGCGCAAUGUCGUACUAUCAGGGAAGAACAAGGCGAGGAAUCGGAUGAAUUUCUAAUGUUAUUCGAAACUGGUAUAACUUAUAUCGAAGGAGGUCGUACCUCGUCUGGCUUUUACACGGUCGAAGACACGCCAUUCGUAACAAGAUUAUACAGAGUUCACGCUGCGGGUGCCUCUAUCCAUCUGGAACCUGUACCGGUUCAUUUCGAUUCCCUGGACCCGGGUUUCGUAUUUGUCUUGGAUACAGGCAACAAGGUUUUCAUGUGGUACGGUAAGAAGGCGAAAAGUACGUUGAAAUCAAAAGCAAGACUAAUGGCAGAAAAGAUUAAUAAAAACGAAAGGAAAAACAAAGCUGAGAUCACAACGGAAAUUAUGAAUUCUGAAUCGGACGAUUUUCUAACGUGUCUGAACGUGAGAGAUUCGUCGCAGCUUCUACCGAUUGUAGAACAUGUGGACCCGGAUUUUACAGCCCUUGCGCCCCGUCUUUAUCAAGUGCAACUCGGCAUGGGUUAUUUAGAAUUACCACAGGUUGAAGUGCCGCAUGGGAAGUUAACGAAUACGCUUUUAAAUAAUCGCAAUGUUUAUAUACUGGAUUGUCACUUGGACGUUUACGUUUGGUUUGGCAAGAAAUCAACGAGGUUGGUGCGGGCAGCAGCUGUUAAGCUAUCCCAGGAAUUGUUUAACAUGAUAGAGCGACCGGAUUAUGCUACGGUAACCAGAUUACAAGAAGGAACUGAGUCUCAGAUUUUCAAAUCGAAAUUUACUGGUUGGGACGAAGUGAUAGCUGUCGAUUUUACUAGAACUGCCGAAUCAGUCGCCAAAACUGGCGCCGACCUUACGAAAUGGGCUAAACAACAGGAAACCAAGGCGGAUUUGGCUGCGCUUUUUAUGCCUAGACAACCGGCGAUGUCGUUCGUCGAAGCGCAACAACUUAUGUCGGAAUGGAACGACGAUUUGGAACGCAUGGAACGAUUUGUGCUGGAAGGAAAAAAAUUUGUGCGACUACCUGAAGAAGAAUUUGGGCAUUUUUAUAGCGGAGAUUGUUACGUUUUUCUGUGCCGUUAUUGGAUGCCGUUGGAUACCGCUGAAAACGAAGACGGAGAUGAACAGUUUGAAGAAGAUUAUCAAUGCACGGUGUACUUCUGGCAAGGUAGAGAUGCAGGCAAUAUGGGGUGGUUGACGUUUACAUUUAGUUUACAGAAAAAGUUUAAAUCGCUGUUUGGGGAGAAUUUGGAAGUUGUUCGAACUCACCAGCAGCAGGAAAACUUAAAAUUCUUAUCAUAUUUCAAAAGAAAAUUUAUUAUUCAUCAUGGUAAACGCAAACAGCCAAAGUCUUCCGAUACUAACAGAGUUGAAUUUUAUCAUUUGAGGAGUAAUGGAAGUGCAUUGUGUACUAGAUUGAUACAAAUACCAGCUGACUCGUCGUUACUGAAUUCUUCUUUUUGUUAUAUUUUAAAUGUACCGUUUAACAAUGACGACGAGACUGGGAUAGUGUAUGCUUGGAUUGGUUCUAAAGCGGACAGCGACGAAGCGCGUUUAAUCCAAGAAAUCGCCGAAGAAAUGUUUAAUAAUCCGUGGAUAAGUCUUCAAGUUCUAAACGAAGGCGAGGAACCGGAUAACUUUUUUUGGGUGGCCCUUGGUGGAAAGAAGUCUUACGACGCCGAUGCAGAGUACAUGAAUUAUACUAGAUUAUUUAGAUGCUCAAACGAAAAAGGAUAUUUUACUAUUAGCGAGAAAUGCACCGACUUCUGUCAAGAUGAUUUAGCGGACGACGACAUUAUGAUAUUAGACAAUGGCGAACAAGUAUUUCUAUGGCUGGGAAGCAGGUGCUCGGAAGUAGAGAUCAAAUUGGCUUAUAAGUCUGCUCAGGUGUACAUUCAACAUUUGCGAGUAAAGCAACCAGACAGGGCUCGGAAAUUGUUUUUAACUGCAAAAGGAAAAGAAUCUCGUAGGUUCACGAAAUGUUUUCAUGGUUGGAGUUUACAUAAAAGACCGCUUCAAUAAAAUAGAUUUAACGAAUA